ACCGGCAGACAAACCGGACCUGAUAAGCGUCCGGCGCAAUCCGUGGGAAAAUAAACAAUAAUAUCAACAAGCAGCUCUGCAUCAAAAAGAAAACUUAGUAAACGGGGCGGAAUGGGUUACGAUGAACUUCCAUUGCUCUAUUCGGUGUGUGAAGUGGCCGUUGCAAUUUUGGCCAUAGUCGGCAAUCUUCUGGUUGUUGCAACUUUCGUGCUGGAAAGACGCUUGAGGCGUGUAACCAACUUAUAUAUCAUAAGUCUAGCGACUUCAGACUUUUUGGUCGGGCUUGUUGGUGUGCCAUCUGCUGUAAUGGCCCGACUGGGUUUGCCUAGACAUGCUUUCCGUGUUUGUCUGCUAAUGCUUUCAGUGUUAGUUCUGCUGUGCACAGUGUCAAUAUUGAAUCUAGUCGCAGUGACAUUGGAUCGCUACUGGGCCAUUUUGCAUCCCUUUUGCUACAAGAGGACCAUGAACCGCAGGGCGGCUGGUUUCGUGAUUCUGGGAUGCUGGUUCCUUGGGACCAUAGUGGGCCUGCUGCCAUUGUUUGGUUGGAACAAUGGACCAGAAGAGAAUGGUCAAUGUCUGUUCAUUCCAGUUAUGCACUACGACUUCCUAGUCCUUAUAUUCUUCGCUACCAUCGUGUAUCCUGCGUUGCUGAUGGCUUUCUGCUAUGGCAGGAUAUAUGCCGUUGUCCUGAAGCAGCUGCGACAGAUAACAGCUCUAGAGCAGCAGCUCCCACGAAAUGGCUCUGGAAAUAAUGAAACAAACCACCGGAAUUCAAGUCGCCACAGCAAUAGAGUACCAGGCUCCACAUCCAGCUCCGAAAGAAGUCUCCACCGAAAUUUGCAACGGGUCCAGUCUCCAGACGGCACACCGGAUGUUCGUCCCCAGCAGGCCAGCAAGAGAGAGGUCAGAACGGCCAAAAACCUUGCCAUUAUUGUUGUAUUCUUCAUGGUAUGCUGGAUGCCACUGUACACAGUCAACUGCAUACAGGCCUUCUGUAGCAGAUGCCAAGUACCAACAUGGUUGUUAGAUGCUUUCAUCGUUCUUUCCCAUGCCAAUUCGGCACUUAAUCCAUUCUUGUACGCAUACCACAUGUCGGAUUUCAGGAAGGCCCUGAAGCAAAGGUUCUGCUGUGGAAGUCCAGAGGAGGGGAAAUGUAUCUUUCGUAAAAAGCCUCGAUCUGUGGAAAUGGAAGCUCUGUCUGCACCUGCUCUGACCAAGAUGGCGUCGAAAAUGGCGGAUGCCAAAACGUGUUUUACCGAUUUGACUUAGAAAGAAGUGUCACUCCUUUACAUAAUCUGAAUGUAAUGAUGAGUCAUUUUGGAAACAACUGAAAAUGAUGACUUCCAAAGAUCUGAUAAUUUUCCUGUUGAGUCAAUUGGCCAAGAAUGGUAGCCAACUUUACUGUCUCCGAGUUCUUGGUGGUUGAUUGGUACAUGUUUUUUAAAUGUUAAAUGUAUAUUUAGUGUCACAUUCCACGAUUCGAACAAAAGGAAACAUGUCGUUAAGAUGAUUUCCGUUGAUAUGAUGAUCUAUUUUGUCUGUAGUUACUAUAUAUUAUGAGGAUGAUUAUUCUUAAAAGACUAUUUUAAAUCCAAUAUUGUCAAACAAAUAUUGAACACUGAGAAGAAAAAAUGUAUACAGUGUUAGUUAGAUUCUGCAUGAAGAAUGAAUUUGUUGAACAAAACUUUUCUGGCAAAGGCUUUCCAAAGAGAUCAAUUACACUUUUGUGUUGCUUCAAGAGCUUAUUGGAAAAUCGUGACAUUUUGUUGCAUUCCCUAGUCUUGCAUGAAAAUUCAUUUUAAUCAUUUCAAAUAUUUAUUAUGUAAAUAUUUCACUGGAACAUCAAUAUAAUCUCAGUUCAUUCAAUUGUGAUUUUUCAUAACAAUGUUCUACCAUGGUGUUCUCGAUGUUUGAUAUGUGUUAGCAGCCCAUUAUGUCCAACUCUAUAAAUGUGUAGUUUUGUAUGCUUCGUUAGCGAUUGCAACUUUAUGGAAUAU